AUGGAGUCUUCAUCGCGAUAUGCCAACUACCCCAGCCUCCGUGACAAGAAUGUGGUAGUGAGUGGUGGUGCAACCGGGAUUGGCGCGUCUUUUGUCGAGGAGUUUGCCCUCCAGGGCGCCCAAGUCAUCUUCUUAGAUAUACAGAAUACAGCCGCUUCGAGUCUGAUUGAGCACCUGGCAAGCCGAGGCGUUUCGCAUAUCCCAAUUUUCAUACAAUGCGAUGUCACCGAUAUUGACGGAUCUGUUCGAACAGCUACAGCGAGUAUCCGGUCUCGGUUUGAUCAUAUCCAUGCCUUGAUCAAUAACGCGGCAAAUGAUGUACGCCAGUCCACGCUUGACAUUACUUUAGAUCAGUGGAACCAAGGCAUCGCGGUAAACCUGCGGCAUGUUUUUUUCCUGACCCAGGCUCUGAUGCCGGCGUUGAUUGCCUCAGGUUCUAGCUCUGUUAUCAACAUGGGAAGCAUCGCUUGGGCGAUACCUGGCACUGGUAUAGCACCGUAUAUUGCAAGCAAAGCUGCGAUUGUGGGCUUGACCAAGACUCUUGCCCAUGAAUUUGGAAAGCAGGGAGUCCGCGUCAAUAGCAUUAUGCCCGGAGCAAUUGCAACUGAUCGUCAAAAACGAGACAUCUUGACGCCGGAAUAUGUGAAGCAAGUUCUAGAUAGACAGGCUCUAAAGAGAAUUUUGCAACCCGAUGAGGUGGCCAGACUGGCAUUGUGGUUGGUGGCAGAUGAUAGUGCGGGCGUCACAAACCAGAGCAUUGUGAUUGACGGGGGAUGUGUAUGA